AUGAGGUGGUACGAUGAUGGCCAGAAGCACCGUCUUCGUCUCAGGCCUCGGUGGACGGAGGAAGACAUCGCGGAGCUGGAGAGGGAUGACCCCGAGGAAGAGGCCUACCAGACCGGCAUCAGAGACAUGCAUAGUGGAUUUAGGGAGUUUGCACCCCUCAUCAACAGAGUUUCUGGUGAGCUGAACAGAUGCAUCUUUGAAGCCUCAGAUGCACUAGGUGAUGCCCCCGGGAGCGUACAAUCUGAGAACAAAGUGAGCGGGGCGAUGAAGAAGUUCAUGAAGCGUUGUCGCAAGCUGGUAGGGUUGCUUGGGUUGGUUGAGGAGGAGGAGGAGGAGGAGGAGGAGGCCACACAUGAAGAAGGGGAGGAGGAUGAAGAGGAUGAGAGCAAUGGGGAGGAGGAGUACGAUGAAGAUUAUGGACCUCCACCAACUCAAUCAUCUCAAGCAUCUCAGGUGCCGAAGAGGAAUCCGAAGAAGAAGGAUUUGCUGAGUCCGGGCCCUUUCCAGAGACCGGUUACUCGACGGCCCAAGAAGAAGACUGAAGAGACUCGUUCAAAGAGUAACAAGGACCGUACCUCCAAGAGGGGAAGGAGCAAGUAA